AUGGAAGCUCCACCAUUAUCGUCCGGUGACGGCGAAGCACAGUUACCAAGAAGAACCGGAGGCUGGAUCACCUUCCCCUUCAUCAUAGCAACAUCAACAUGUUUGACACUAGCAUUUGGAGGUUGGACAAGCAACCUAAUUGUGUAUCUCAUAAAAGAAUUUGAUGUGGAGAGUAUUGAUGCUGCUCAAAUAUCAAAUUUGGUUAAUGGUGCUGGAAGCUUAAUUCCUAUUUUUGCUGCAAUUAUUGCUGACUCUUUUCUUGGUUGCUUCUCUAUCAUCUGGAUUUCAUCCUUCAUCUCAUUAUUGGGCACAAUCCUUUUAGCUUUAACAGCGACGCUUGAUUCUCUGAGGCCUAAACCUUGUGAAGUUGGUUCAACUUCAUGUACCCCUAAACCAAAAGUUCAAUAUGUAGUACUCUAUGCAGCCAUUGUUCUGGCGACUCUGGGGAAUGGCGGUCUCCGAUCAACCCUUUCAACAAUGGGAGCCAACCAAUUUGAUAAACAAAAAGAUGAAGGAAUUUUCUUCAAUUGGUUCUUUUUCUUUACUUAUGGUGCAUCUGUAGUAGCAUCAACAGCUAUUGUGUAUGUUGAAGAUAACGUAAGCUGGAAAGCUGGAUUUAUCAUUUGUGUUGCAGCUAAUUUACUUGGUUCAGCCAUUUUUCUAUUGGGGACCAGAUUUUACAACAAUUCUAAGCCAGAAGGGAGUCCUUUCACCAACUUGGCUCGUGUUGUGGUUGCAAGUAUUAGGAAAAGAAAAGUGACAAUCCCAUCCACUGGAGAACAUUUAUACCACGGACCUAAAGCAAUAGUUGUUGCGCCUUCAAAAACCUUCCGGUUUUUGAACCGUGCAGCCAUUAAAAGUGAAGGCGAUGUUAAACCGGAUGGCUCAACAACUAAGCCAUGGAAACUUUGUUCAGUACAAGAAAUAGAAGAUUUCAAAUCCUUAAUCAAAAUUUUACCACUCUGGUCAAGUAGUUUUUUUCUUGGCACAACAAUUGGCGUACAAGCAAGUUUGUCAAUCCUUCAAGCCUUAGCAAUGGAUCGUCACAUAGGCCCCAAUUUCCAAAUCCCAGCUGGUUCUAUAUUGGUUUUUGUCACGGUCUCUACUGCUCUAUUCCUCGCCCUGUUCGACAAAUUUCUAUUUCCUACGUGGAAAAAAAUGACUGGCAAAUCACUUACGCCUCUCCAAAGAAUUGGGGUUGGGCACGUUCUCAACUUUUUGUGUAUGGGUGUCUCUGCCUUAGUUGAGUCAAAGAGGCUAAAUGUAGCAAAAUCAAAUGAAGGUUCCAAUAUUGUGCCUAUGUCAGUGUUAUGGCUUGUGCCACAAUUAGCCAUCGUUGGAUUUCAUUUUCCUGGACAAGUCGCGUUCUAUUACCAGGAAUUUCCAAUAACCUUAAAGAACAUGGCGACGGCGAUGAUUUCAGUGGUUGUAGGGGUGUCAUUUUACUUGACCACUGCUUUAAUUGAUGUUGUUAGAACGACAAGUACAUGGUUACCCGGUAACAUAAAUAAUGGAAGGCUGGACAAUGUGUACUGGAUAUUAGUUGUAGGGGGAGUAGUGAACUUUGGUUAUUAUGUAACAUGUGCUUGGUUUUACAAGUAUAAAAACAUGAAGGAAGUGGUGGACCAUAGUGAUUCUCCUUCUCAUGAGUGAUUAAUGGGUCCAA